AUGGCAUCCUUUUCCUUCCCACUGCCUGGUGCCAGUAGUGAGUCGACUGCUCAUCAUCGACAUCGGACAUCGCUAGAGCAAGUCCUUGAUUUUACUGCACCACCGUUGACUCCAGCUGAGCAGGUUCAGGCUGAUAGCAUCUUCAACCAACUCAUUGCUCACUGCGAACCAAUACAGAGGAGCAAACCCUACAAGAGGGUCACCCUGGUCCGUCUGACGUAUGAGCAUUGCCGAUCAAAAAAUGUGUUUCUACAACAGAUAUUUACCUACUUUGAUGGUCUCCCAGAUCAAAGCCAAGGACAAAAACCAACAUUUGAACAUGGCCUAUCCAAAUUUCUCGGUUUUAGUUCCCAAACUAUACUAGAGAGGAAGAGGGAGGCAGAAAUGAUGAUGGAUUCCUUUGCAGAGUAUCUUUUUGAUAACUUCUUUCUUCCAAUUGAUUUAGUGAAGGCAGUGGGAACAAAGACACCGCAGCCAACCCCAGCCAGUUUAUCAGCUCCUCCAAUUGAAAAUGUUGUUGGAACACCUGCAAGAUUAUCCACGCUCAGACGUGAUUGCCUGGCUCGGGAUCAUAACCGAUGUGUGGUUACACGGGCGUUCAACCUAGAUGAGGCUAUAGAGAGAGAGAAGCAGGACCCUUCAAAUUUCAAAGACGAUGAUGGCGUGCCUUUGGAGCAUGAAGAGUUUGCAUUGCUUGAGGUUGCACAUAUUAUCCCUCAUUCUAUCAUGUCAGCAACAACCGUUGAUGGCAAGCCACAGCUAAACGAAUCUAAGAAAACGGCUCUUUCAAUACUCAACAUGUUCAACCCAGGAAUCAUUCAUCUGAUUGAGGGCCCGAAUGUCGACCGACCGAGCAAUGCACUUACCUUGACAACUGAAGCUCAUUCAUUCUUUGGCAGGUUCGACAUGUAUUUUGAAUCCAUGGAUGACUACUCGGCUGAUUCUAGACACACUUACACAAUCCGUUCUUUCAACCGUUUAUCCUCACGCCAGUUCAGACUCCCAGUGACGCGAACUCUACUCCUCUCGCCAAAUCACACAAUCGAUCCCCCAUCCCCAGAACUACUCGCGCUCCAUCGGUCAAUCGCUAUUAUUCUUCAUCUUAGCGCCGCUGGACAGUACAUUGAGAAGAUAAUCGACGAGCGUGACCAAUUAUGGGCAAGAAACGACGGCUCUACAGAAUUAGGACAUAUUGUUUCCUUAGUACAUUGCUUGAUUGAUGUGGCCGGCGCUGGGGAUCUGCCCAGUAGUUCCGGUUCAACCGAAUACCUGGUUUUACAAAAGUUGAAUGGUUUUUAA